UCUGGCUGCUGUACAGACAGUAAAGCUCUUGGCUUCCUCCACUGGAGACCCUUCAGCACCUGGACAGCUCCGCGAGUCCCUUUAAACCUUCGUUUUUUGGCAAAAAGUGCGACUAAAACAACAUGUAGCUUCUUAAAAAGUGCCCUAGUAUGCUACAUCGUUAAGCAGCUAAACUUUUGCACCGGGAAAUCAUCGUUACCACCCUGAUGAGUGAAUUACCAUUGACUGCGGCAAACUGUUCCCUACAGGAGUCCAUGGUGCCGUCAAGCUCAUGCGGGGAUGGGAGGAGAAAUCCUCGUGGAUUUAUCAGCGUAUCAACACUGGACUUAGUCUGAUCUGAUAACGGACUGCUAAAUGAACUGCAUUUAUUUUCUCGAGUGCAGCAUGUCUAGAUGUAAAUAACUGUCCGCACAUUAGUGGAAAUAAGUGAAAUAUUUAUGGAUUGAUCUACAAAUCACACAUUGCAGCAGCAGCAUACAGGAUGUCAGGAAAUGUGUCUCUUCUGUCAGUGAGUCCCACAAGCAUUUGGGAAAACUCCUCUGUGCUGAACGCCACCUCUCCUCGCUUUCCUUCAGACUGGGAGACACCCACAUUCACUGUAGCUGCGCGCUUCCGUGUGGCAGCCACCCUGGUGCUGUUUGUCUUCGCAGCUAUCAGUAACCUCUCAGUGUUGAUCAGCGUGACCCGGGGACGAGGACGCCACCUGGCCUCCCACCUGCGACCUCUCAUUGCCAGCCUGGCCUCCGCUGACCUGGUCAUGACUUUUGUGGUGAUGCCACUCGACGCUAUAUGGAAUAUCACUGUCCAGUGGUAUGCUGGCAAUGCCAUGUGCAAGAUCCUCUGCUUCCUCAAGCUUUUUGCCAUGCAUUCUGCAGCAUUUAUCCUGGUGGUGGUGAGUCUGGACAGGCACCAUGCAAUCCUGCACCCUCUGGAAGCUCUGGAUGCUGGCCGCAGGAACAGGAGGAUGCUGCUGGCUGCCUGGAUCCUCAGUAUCCUGCUCGCCUCUCCACAGUUAUUUAUUUUCAGGGCAAUUAAGGCUGAAGGAGUUGACUUUGUGCAGUGUGUAACUCAUGGAAGCUUCCAGCAGCGCUGGCAGGAGACAGCCUACAACAUGUUCCACUUUGUCACCCUGUAUGUGUUCCCUCUGCUGGUAAUGAGCUUCUGCUAUACGAGAAUCCUCGUGGAAAUCAACCGCCAGAUGCCUCGUGGUAAAGGAAAGGGUGGGGAACCUUGUCUGAGAUGCAGUGGAACCGACAUAAUCCCAAAAGCACGCAUGAAGACCCUGAAGAUGACCAUCAUCAUUGUGGCGUCAUUUGUGGUGUGCUGGACACCGUACUACCUGCUGGGCAUCUGGUACUGGUUUCAGCCUCGUAUGCUGCAGGUGAUGCCAGAAUACAUCCAUCACGCUCUCUUUGUCUUCGGCAACCUCAACACAUGCUGCGAUCCAGUCAUCUAUGGUUUCUUCACACCCUCGUUCCGAGCAGACAUAACAAGCUGUUUCAGCAGAAGAAAUCAAAACUCUUCUCCCAAAUCACUGGACCGACUCUCCGCAAGGAGAGGGGGUGCAAGCGGAGAAGCCGAGUCGGACCUCGGAAGCGGUGACCAGCCCAGCGGACAACAAGCAUAGAGGGUCAAGUCACCUCAAUCAGCUAGAGAUACUAUUUGGGAUUUUGCCCUGUAAACAUGAAACACAGGACUUUUACGCUGUGUCCAGACAUCUACAUGUAUAUGCUGCUGAUGGUGUCUUGGCAAGUAUCCGUUUGCUUGAAUUCGAUUUGAAUCCACUUGAACAUGGAAAAGCAACUGGAUAUCUUCUAGAAAGAUGUAACCACAGGCAAAUAUGAAUGUAAAAGACCAAAUGACAGCACAAUGCCUCAGGCAAUAACUUGAACGUGAGAUAUUUGCUGGUCUGGAACAGGGUUAUAAAUAUACAGUGCCUCAUGUAUAACGGCUUACGUGUCUGGAAUCAGUUAAUGAGGAUCUCUAAUUAGUUAAAUCUCAGAGUUCAGAGUCACAGCUAAAAGCUUCUCUGACACAUUGCUUAUCUAACAUUUCCUCUCUACAUCCUGAUUAGAAAUGUCACUUAAUGUUUUACAAUGGCCUUAGCUCAUGAAUAAUUCAUUUAUAUGAAAUGCUGUCAUGAAUGUUCAGGCUUACACUGUGUUUAUCCGUGGAAUCACCAUAAACGUUCUUCGUGGAAUUCAACCAAUUGUGUUUGCAGUGUAUUGUGUUAAUGAUGAUAUGCAUGAUAUGCCAUCUUUGUGGUGUGUGCUUGUGAUGAAAAAUUAAUGUGGAUGGACCAUACAGCCUUAAAGGGAUAGUUCACGUAAAAAUAAAAAUGUUA